AUGAAAGGCAUCAUCUUUCGACCCCUCACCGCUCGACGCUUUACACUCCAGCAUCACCAUGCAUAUACAAGAUAUUCAAGACAGAUAUGCCGCACAAUCGCCACUACGACAAAGGAUAUCAACACUCAAAAGGCCAAUCGCCCACUAGAAGGCAUCACAGUGGUCAGUCUCGAGCAAGCAAUAGCAGCGCCAUUUUGUACCCGACACCUGGCUGAUCAGGGAGCCAGGGUCAUCAAAGUAGAACGUCCGGUUGUCGGCGAUUUUGCUCGCAACUACGAUACGCGUGUCAACGGGCUGGCAUCACAUUUUGUCUGGGUCAAUAGAUCUAAGGAGUCGCUCGCACUAGAUUUGAAAAACUCGGCAGAUCAUCAAGUUCUGAUGCGUUUGCUCUCGCGCGCUGACGUUCUCGUGCAAAACCUAGCUCCGGGGGCCGCGACUCGGUUGGGAUUGUCUCACGAGGCGCUGAAGGAGAAAAUUCCGGGGUUGAUAGUUUGCAAUAUCUCGGGGUAUGGCGAGAAUGGUCCUUACCGGGAUAAAAAAGCAUAUGAUCUGCUCAUUCAAAGCGAGGCCGGAAUGCUCUCGGUGACUGGGAGCAAAGAUGAACCAGCAAAAGUCGGCAUAUCCAUUGCUGACAUCUCAGCGGGCAUGUAUGCCUACUCUAAUAUCUUGACAGCGCUCAUGCAGCGUGCCAAAGACGGCCUUGGCCGGAAGAUCGAUAUUUCCAUGCUUGAAUGUAUGGUAGAAUGGAUGGGUUUCCCGCUCUAUUAUACCUAUGGAAAUGCUCCAGGCCCUGCGCGAGCCGGCGCCUCGCACGCCGCAAUCUAUCCCUACGGACUCUUCAGCACAGGGGAUAAUCGACAAGUAAUGCUAGGAAUCCAGAACGAGCGUGAAUGGGCCAAUUUCUGCGAAAAGGUUCUACGAAAACCCGAAGUUACAACAGACCCGAGAUUUGUAAACAAUUCGCUUCGAACUCAAAACCGGGAUGCUCUCAGAGACAUUAUUCACGAGUCGUUUUCGACUCUCACUGCGGAUGAGGCUAUCAAUCUGUUGGAAAAAUCCAAGAUUGCAAAUGCAAAUGUCAACUCUAUGAACGACGUCUGGGAACACCCGCAGCUGAAAGCCCGGGAGCGGUGGACCGAAGUUAACACACCUAACGGCGCUGUGCCUGCUUUGUUCCCGCCUGGAUCCUCUGAUGCUCAUGAGCUGAAACCAGUUCCUGACGUUGGAGAGCAUAAUAAAUCUAUUUUUGAAGAAUUAGGAAUCGAAAAAGUUGAUUGA